AUGACUGAGCGCAGAAUCCCAGCUCAUCUAAUUGGGCGCGAAAAUACUUUUGGGGAAAAAGACACGGAGGACAGCCAUCCCUGGGCCGCAGUCCCAGAGCCUUCGCAGCCUCCUGCUGACCGCCCCCCACAGCCCCCCGCGGGAUCUGCUGCUCCCAGGCCGAGUCCCACACUCCAGAAACGGGGAGCGCCGGCCCAGCAGGGCCUCAGCCCCGGCACCGACUGGUUUUCCGUUGGUUCUCAUCCAUCGCCCACCUAUGGAACUCAGUCUGUCUGUCUGGGAAACGUGCCCAGCCCCGCAGCCCAGCCUUCUUGGGCGGCUGGUCCCUCGCCAGAGGUCAAGCUUGCAGAGCAGGCCCCGCGCAACCUGAGCGGGUCAGAGCGCAGCAGCCCCGGUCACCCAGGCGCGGGAGGCGGAGGGAGGGAGGGCCGGAGCCGGAGGAGCGGUCUGUGGGAGGGACGCUUGUCGGAGCCCCAGCCGCGCGGGAUGCGGCUCCAGGCCCGCCCCUCGCCGGGCCCCGCCUGCCGCCCUCGCCUCUAA